CUCGCAACGCUUUGCAACCCGUAAACCUCCUCGUGACUGAGUGCAAAGGCGACAGUCGUGCAAGGACGACGACCUGUCACGAUGACGGCCAGGCUGACUGCUCUCCUGCUCCUCAGCACGUCGCAUCUGAUCCAAGCGUUGCAACCAGUGUCUCUGGUCACGGCGGAAGUUGGGGUUAACGUCACUUUCGUAUGCCCACGCUCCGAGAAUAUGGGAGACAUAUUUUACUGGUACAAGAUGAAGGUCGGAUAUAUGAUCCAAACAAUCGUGGAGGGCUACUUUGGAGAACUGUCCCUUCGAGGUCAGUUUAAGAACGGCAGAUUCGCAAGCACGCGUGUGGGUAACGCUUACAUUUUAAACAUCGCAAACGUGAGCAAAGAAGACGAAGCGACGUACACCUGCCAAGCUGGGACAUCGUACAACAUGAAGUUUAUUGACAGCGCGCAUUUGCUUGUGAAAGAUCCCACACACAAGACCUUCUAUGUAAAGCAAAUCCCGCGAGAAAAGUCCGUCGACGCAGGCCAAUCGGUGACGCUCCAGUGUUCGAUUCUCUCGGAGAGCAAGGGGAACGUCAGCCAGUGUCCAAACGAAUGCAGCGUCUACUGGUUCAAAUCCGGAUCAGGAGACGCUUACCCGCACAUCAUUUACACAGACAGAGAUAAAGAAAAGGCCAAAGGGAGUUGUGUCUACCAUCUGUCCAAACUCAUACAGAACUCUUCUGAUACUGGGAUAUACUACUGUGCUGUGGCAACAUGUGGACAGAUCCUGUUUGGCCAAGGAACAAAUGUGGAGACGCGACAAGAUCUGAAACCAGUAGGCAUCGUGCUCGGGGCUCUGCUCGCCUCCUCCGUGAUUGUGGUCGCGGUUGUCAUGGUCUAAGCUCCUUGGAUUUAUAUUUUCAUAUUCGUGUUAUUUUAUAUUUCAGUAAAAGCUUGAAAAUGGUAAAUUCAAGACGUAAUGAGUUCAACUGUCCUCAUUCAGCUCACAUUUGUUUUUCUAAUGUGGGUUUUCAUUCCUGGGUCCCUACAUGUGACUAAUGGCGGAUCUAAUUCGGCCACAAAUUCAAUAUUCAGUGGUGCCUUGAGAUGCGAGUGACCUAACUUAUGAGUUCUUCAUUGGAGUUUUUGCUUUAACUUACAGCCGCUGUAUGGUGGCAGUGAUCUCAACUCGACUCACAAUAAUACUUUGGCAAAUAAUGAACAAUUCUUCUUCAAAAAAAAAAAAAAAGUCUUCAUGCUGUUUAAGGGUACCAACAGUUGAAUUUAAUCUCAAACUAAACAUAAAACAAAGAGAAUUACACAUGUUUCAGUAUUAUUAAGAGUACAAGCUGUACGAACCCAUUGAGGGUUCUUUGCAUUAACCAGGUCAAUUCUAAAGAGAUCACUGGUGAAUAAAUUGGAACGUGGACAUCAAAUUAGAUUGAUAGAUGAUAGAUAGAUAACGAUGUCAACAAAAAUUGAUUGUUAAGAGUUCAAUGUCAGAGCUAAUAUGUAGCCAUUUUCCAUGGUUUUCUUGAUAAUAACCAAAAUCACCGGGAAUACAAUUAAGCAUGUCAAAUAGAAUAAAGUAUUAUGGAACCAGC